AUGAGUCAGCAAAUAAAUGCACCCGAUGCUGAUGUUUCAAAGGUAGUCAUCAAACCAGCAGUAGACGAUGCAACCUUUGAUGCUCUUAAAAACGACUUUGAUGAAGUUCUUAAAGAGUUACAGGGGAACAAAGGUCUAGAAAGAUUUAAGGAUGAAUAUGAGAAGUUAAUGAAGGCCUUUUUCAGGUCUCAUGAUAAUGAAAAGAGGCUAAUGAGAAAAUGCCGUGAAUUGAAAGCUGAAAUAGUUUCAAACUCUGCCAAAGUGUCACAAGCAGCAAAAAUUUCAAGCGAGGACCAGAACAAUAUGGCGUACUUAAAACGGGAAAUAGAACAAGCAUGGAAAAUGGUUGAUGCGGCAGCAGAUCGCGAAACCAAAGCUCAUGAAACCAUUAAACAACUCAAAGAAGAAAUCGCUUCCUUAAGCAAACUACUAGAACACGGGGGAGUUGGAGUGGUCGGACCUGAAAGUUUAGCUGAAUUACAAAAACAAAAAGAGAAACUAAUUAAAGAAAGAGAUGAAAAUUAUGUUGAUAAUCAGAAACUUAGAGAACAAAUUGAAGAAACCAGAGGUCGAAUAGUAGUUUAUCAAAAUGAACUACUUGAAGCACAGAAUAAAAUAUCUGAGUUAACAUUAGAUAUUCAAAAUAAAAAUGUAGAAGCACAAAGAGAAUCACGUAAAAAAGAUCGUAUGGAAAGAGAUUUGAAACUAGUUCGUGCUGAAGUUGAAGCUAAAAUGGAAGAAAUUAGUUUAACCUCUGCAACUGUUGAAAAGUUAAAAGAAGAAUUACGUACAAAAGAAGAAGAGAAUCGUUCAGCAAAAGUUUCCUUAGAACAAGCUAAUCGUCAGCUGCAAAUAAGUGAAGCAAAAUUAAAAGAUUCUCAAUUAAGACUAGAACAACAAAUUCAAGUGACUGAGUCUGUAACAUCUGAAAUACAAGCAAGAGUAAUUGAAGUCAAGCAACGUGAAGAAGAAGUACAACGUAUGAAAGCUGAACACAAUAGACUAUUGAAACAAUCUGAAACAUCUCAAAAAAAGUUGAAUCAAGCUGAAGAAGAAAAACUGAACUUAGAGCAUACACGUGAUCGUUUAAGAAAUGAAAUUCAAGCCUAUGAAAAUGAAAUGGAAUUAAUGCGUAAAACUCAUGAAAUUGACAGGAAGGCUUGUGAAGAAUUAGGUCGUGAAAAAGAAGUUAUUAAUAAAACCCUAGUUAAAGCCACAACACAAACAGUUAAACAAGCAAAUCUGUUAAAAAUGCAUGAAAUAUCUAAACAAAAUUUAGAACAAGAAAUUAUGAACUAUCGUGAUGAAGCUCAGAAACAACGUAAAAUCAUAUAUAAAUUAGAACGUGAACGUGAUCGUUAUAUCACUGAGGCAUCAGAGUUAACUCAAAAAGUUUUACAAAAUAUGGAUGAUUUAAAAUCACGUGAAAUGCAAAUUUUUGAAAAUAAGAAAAAAAUUGCUGAAGCUGAAACAAAAUUAAAACAACAACAAAAUUUAUACGAAGCAGUACGUAGUGAUCGAAAUAUGUAUAGUAAAAAUUUAAUUGAAGCACAAAAUGAAAUAGCCGAUAUGAAAAGACGUUUAAAAAUUUUAUCACAUCAAAUUAUUCAACUGAAAGAUGAUAUAGCCACACGUGAUGCUACCCUGGUGAAAGAAACCAUGGAAAGACAAAAAAUUGAAAAAGAUAAAGAACAAUUAAUUAAAGAUUUAGAAAAAAUGAAACAACAAAUCUCAGAGAAUCGUGCUUACAUAGAAGCACAAGAAGCUGAAGAAAGUAAAUUAUUAAAAAUUGUCGCUGAAGCAGAUAUUGAACGUGUUAAAGAAAAGAAAGAGCAUGAACAGGUUGCCAGUGAAAGAGAUGUAUUAGGCAGUCAACUAGUACGGAGAAAUGAUGAAUUAGCCUUAUUGUAUGAAAAAAUACGUAUACAACAGUGUAUAUUAAAUAAGGGUGAAACACAAUAUAAUGAAAGAUUAAAUGAUUUAAAUUUACUUAAACAAGAAGUUAGAAAAUUAAGACGUGAAAAAGCCUUGCUACAAGCUACAGCAACAAGAGUUGAAGAUCUUAAAGUUGAAAUUAAUAGAAUUCAGAGAAAUUUAUUGAAAGAAAGAUCUAGAGCUAAGGCGUUAGAAGAAGAAUUACAAAAUCCAGUUAAUGUUCAUAGAUGGAGAAAAUUAGAAGGCAGUGAUCCAUCCACAUAUGAAAUGAUACAGAAAAUUCAAGCUUUACAAAAACGUUUAAUUAGUAAAACAGAAGAAGUUGUUGAAAAAGAGCUACUUAUUCAAGAAAAAGAGAAAAUCUAUGUUGAAUUAAAGCAUAUAUUAGCACGUCAACCAGGUCCAGAAGUUGCUGAACAAUUGAAUGUCUAUCAAAAUAUUAUAAAAGAUAAAACAAAACAAAUGAAGGCAAUGACAGCUGAAAUGAAUGUUUAUGAAAAUCAAAUAGCUGAAUACAAGUCAGAGAUAGAACAUUUGAAUCGUGAAUUACAAAAUGUCAAAAAGAAUUACUUUAAACAAAAAAGACGUCAACAGAAAAUGAAAAUAGUCACCGAUGAAAAUUCCAGUAAUAAUGAAGCAAACGGAGCAGAAGGAGGAUGUAAGCUACAAAGAAAAUCUCAACAAAGUCAAUUAUUACUGCCAGAAAGGAAUAAAGAUUCUCAGACACGUUUUACUGGCGGAGGAUUUAAAAUUACACAUGUUGCCAGCUGA